AUGCUUGGUGUGAUCCGUUUCUACUGCUUGGCGAUAUUUGCCAUUACCUCUGGUCUUUUCUUCCAACGAAGUCAUGGACAGACUGUUACCCCGACGCAGUGUGCCACGAGCGUGCAUGCCAUCAUUGCCCGUGGACAAGCGGCGACUGGAGAAACCGGCUUUGAUCCAUUGAAUGUCAUGGCCUCGCUACAAAAUCUCAUCUUACAACAGAUUCCGGGCUCGACAAGUCUUGGUCUCCCUUAUCAAUACGGUGCAGAUGAUAAGUCUGUCGCUGUGCAUGAUGGAGCGCAGAUGUUGCAGAACUAUGUGACUAGCUAUGUGGCUAGUUGCCCAAAGGCGAAGAUCGCGGUUGUGGGUUACUCAUUGGGCGCAUGUCUCACGAUGGACGCAAUCUGCGGGACAUCUUCUAUUGGAUUUAUUCCAAUAACAGCUCUCGACAAGAAAUAUGCCUCCGACGUAAUUGCUGUGAUUGCAUAUGGAGACGAAACGUGGGUUCCACUGCAGUCAUGGAACGUGGGAACAUGCGAGGUUGGACUCGGAACGUUUCCUCGCUUGGCCCCUUGGACAUGUGAGCCUUUCGCUUCGUCUAUCCACAGCUAUUGUGAUAUUGGCGAUAGUCAGUGUUGUUCGCCGUUUCCGCUUGACAAUAAUGCGGCCCAUCAUGCCUACGUUGCCAAAUAUGAUCAGGACGUGGUGGACUUUAUCAAGCAACGGCUGUAA